AUGUCCGGCUCCGAUCCCCUAGAACAUCCAGGAUUAGCAGUUGUGGUCAUGGGAGUCAGCGGCUGCGGCAAAUCGACUGUCGCGUCACUGCUUGCCGAAGCCUUGGGUUGCAGCUUCAUCGAAGCAGAUGACUACCAUUCCCAGGCAAACAAAGUAUCUGAAUUGCAUCACCUGAAGGCGUCGGCUGCGGUGAUCUCUGAAAGGAUGAAGAGGAGGUCAACGGAAGGGAAGCACUUCAUGCCGGCGAGCUUGCUGCAAAGCCAGCUCGACCUGCUGCAGAUCGAUGAGGCGGAGGGCAUCACCGAGGUGGAUGCAACCAUUUGCCCAGACGACAUCGUCCACAACACCAUUGCUCAGUUCAGGGAGGACCUGGCAUCGACCGUUUCUUGUUUCUGAAUGCAAUUUCAUUCAGUGUACAACAGUAC